AUGCACCGCAGGAGGGAAGUGCGGGAAGGGCUUUCUGCAGUAGACGAGAUGUGGCUGAACUUGCUGGUCCCAAUGGCCUUAAGCGGGACUUUGCUGGGGGUCCUUUUGAAUUCUUUGUCCCCAGCAAGUUUGCUGCUGCCGCUGCUGCUGCUGCUGCUGGGGGCCCUUUGCUGCCGCUCGCUGCUGUCGGCGCUGCGCAUGUUUCAGCAAGAAGAGGAGGCCCGCAGCUCCGAGGCCUUUGAAGUUGUUUCUUUCCCCCCGCAGUGUGCGCUGCGGGGGCCCCCCGGGGGGCCCCCCUGGGGGCCCCCCUCUGCCGCCUGGGGGCACCAAGGCGCUGGGCCGGACGAGGAGCUGCCCCACCCGCUCAAGCAGCAUCUGGUUCGCAGCAGCAGCAGCGGCAGCCCCACCAGCAGCAGCAACACCAGCAGCAGCAGCAGCAGCAGCAGCAGCAGGAGCGCGAGUCUGCUGCACACAGAGGCCGUGCAUGGCGUGGCGCCUUCAGAUGCCCUCUUGGAAGCAGCAGGUACACCGAGGGAGCUGCAGCCGAUGGCGCUUGCUGCUUCUGGCUGCCGCAGCAGCAGCAGCAGCAGCAGCAGCUGCAGUGAGGGCGACCCGAACGAGCAGCAGCAGCAGCAGCAGCAGCAGCAGCAGGACGCGUACCUCGUCGCAGCUGACAUGAUCCCCCCGCUGCCGGAAGAGGGGCCCCCAGCCCCCGGGGGGGCCCCCCUGGUGGUUUAUUUGGAAGCAGAAGACCAGCUGCUGCAGAUGACCCACAUUUCUUCUUUUGCCCCACAAGACACAGAGGGGGGCCCCCCCCCGGGGGGCCCCCUGGGGUCGGGGGGCCCCCGCUUUGGCUUCGGCCGGGGCUGGUGGCGCCGGGCCAGGGGCCUCUUUGCUGCAGAAGGUGGGGGGCCCCCCAGCGGCGCGGACUUCUUGGUGGGUCUGGACCCUGGGGGCCCCCCGGGGGCCCCCUUUGGGGAGGGUUCUGAGGACUACCUCGUGCAGCCCCCGGGGGGGCCCCCGGAGGGGCCCCCCCGGGGCGACGGCGCGGCCAGCCCGCAGCAGCAGCAGCAGCAGCAGCAGCAGCAGCAGCAGCAGUGGGCGCGGCGUGCUUGGAGCUGCUGCGCUGCUGCUGCUGCAGCAGGGAGCCGCAAACUCAAGGAAAGCUGCAGGCAGCUGCUGCUGUCUUCCCCCGUGAGGGAGCCGCAGCACCACCUGCUGGCCCCGCUGCUGCUGUUUGUGGUUUGCUGCAGCUUAGCUGCGCAUGCAUUGAUAGCUCGGGGCCGGUGGGGCCCCGCUGCUGCUGUUGCUGCUGCUGCUGCUGCUGCUGGCGCUGCAGUGCAGGUGUUUGUGUCUGUGGAGGUGCUGCGGGAAUUCAAAGCAGCACACCCCCACGUCUCUGUUGCUGCUGCUGCUGCAGCAGCAGCAGCCCGCUGGGGCAGCCACGCGCGGGACUUUGCUGCUCGCUGCUGGCUGCUGUGGCGAGCAGCAGCAAGAAGAGCCGCCAGGGCCCUCCGUGCUGCUGCUCGGCUGCUGCAGCAGCAGCAGCAGCAAGCAGCACGGGAAGCAGCCCGGGGGGCCCCGGGGAGCGCGCUGCUGGACCGGGGCCCCUCGGGGGUCUCCGUGGAAAUGGAAACAAUAUCGGGGGGCCCCCCUGCUGCAGCAGGAGGGGGGCCCCCCGGUGCAGCAGGAGGGGGGCCCCCCGGUGCAGCAGGAGGGGGCCCCCCCGCGGUGGCGGGCGUGCCGACGAGCCCGAACGAGCCGCGCGGGCUGCUGCAGCAGCAGCAGCAGCUGCAGCAGCAGCAGCAGCAGCAGCAGCAGCAGCAGCGCAGCAGCAGCGCAGCAGAAGAGGCCGAGCUGCUGCUGCGGGCGCUGCUGGCAGCACCUGUUGUGGGGCUCGCCACGGGGCUGCUGGCUGGACUUGUGGGGAUUGGGGGGGGCCUCGUGUUUUCCCCUUUGCUGCUGCUGCUGCAGCAAGACCCUGUUGUUGCAGUGGGGACUUCUUCAGCCUGUGUUGUUUAUACUUCUGCUGCCACAAGUCUCCAGUUUUUGCUGCUGGGCCGGCUGCACCUGCUGCCCUGCCUGCUCUUCGGCAGCACAGCAGCAGCAGCAGCAGCAGCAGGCUGCCUCGGCGUCCACGCAGUCCGCAGACUCUGCGCAGGCAGAAGAAGCUUCAUAGCUUUUCUUGUUGCUGCAGCAAUCGCUCUCGCCACUUUAAUGACGGCCCGCCGCUACUUCCACGGGGGCCCCGUUUGA